AUGACUCCUACCAUUUUCUCUCCCGCUCAACUGCCUUGUGGUCGGCAACUGCGAAAUCGACUAGUAAAGGCUGCGCUUUAUGAACACCUUGCUACCUUUUAUGGGGGCCCUCCAAAUGGACUACAUUUCGCGCUCUACGCGACGUGGUCAGCUCAUGACUGGGGCAUGAUCAUUACUGGAAAUGUCCAGGUCUCGCAGACACACCUAUCUCUUGCUAGGGACAUCGUUCUCCCCUCCGACCUCUCCGAUGACAAACUUGAGCCAUUUAGGGCGUUAGCAAACGCAAUUCACGGCCAGCGAGAACAUCAGCCUCUAGCGAUCAUGCAGCUGAGCCACGCUGGACGCCAGUCACCGAAUAUACUAGGAGGACGUCUUCCUUUUACUGCCCCGCUGGGCCCCAGUCGCAUUCGUGUCGGACAGUCGGUGACGGGUGCUGCUUCCUCAAUUUUCCAUUCCCUGAUGUUCCAAACCCCAAAGAGCAUGUCCAUUGAAGCUAUCGACCAAGUCGUUUCCGCAUUUGUUCAUGGGGCGAGAGUGGCGGUAGAGGCGGGAUUUGACGGUAUCGAGCUGCAUGCUGCUCAUGGAUACUUGCUUGCUCAAUUCAUGUCUCCCAAAGCCAACAAACGUACAGACGAGUACUCUGCACACGGACUCCUUUUUCUGUCUCGUAUUAUUCACGACAUCCGUCUCGUUGUGCCUUCCAAGUUUGUAUUGGGCGUCAAACUUAACUCGGCGGACGAGACCACGGCAGAUGCUUUGCAAUACGUGCAGAUCAUAGCAUCCUGGAGUUUAGUCGACUUUAUUGAAAUUAGCGGAGGAGACUAUGAGAAACCUGACUUUCUGACCGAGAGUGAAGCGUCUCCCGAUCAUCGACAAGCGCGCUUUGCCCACUUCUCUCAUCGAGCCGCCCAAUCAAUGGAAUCCAUCCCUUCUCCCUCUCGUCCUCUUAUCCUCCUCACUGGUGGUCUCUCGACUCCAGCCCACCUUUCGACUGCCCUGUCUUCUGGACACGCAGAUCUUCUCGGGCUUGGUCGUGCCUCAGUUAUUUUCCCAGACCUUCCUCAACGCGUCCUGAACUGGAAUGGCCAAUCGGAGGAGCCGUUUAUCCACCAACCGAAUUUCCGCGUCAAGUUGUUUGAUCGUCUCCCGCAAAUCAGGCUUAUCGGUGCUGGUACCAUCAUGGCAUGGUAUACUGUCAUGCUUCGACGCCUCGCUGAAGGAGAAAGGUCUACCGGAGACCUAGGAGCAUUGGGUGGUUUAGUAUGGAUGUGGCUUUGGUUUAAACCGGAGUUUAAUGCGCUUCUUAAUGUGCAGCUUGUCCUUCGGCGCUUGUUGAUAGUCGUCUAUGUCGUGUUUGCACUCGGCUUUGCAUUUGGUAUCAAUUUUUUCAUUCACUAUUCGGAAGCAGAAACUCUUUUCACGAUCCUCCGGCGCAAAUCGCCCGUUUUUCACGGCCAAGACUUGCAUGUGUUCCCCAUACAAGGCGUUCUAGAGACAAUAUACAUUCACUACGAGACUAGCUUACAAGAUGGAACGAACGUGGGGGGAUGCUGA